GGGCGAGGGGCAGAUUUCGUUCCUGGAAGGCCUCGCCGGCGCGUAGGGCCGUUGGCUGCUCCCUCGGCCGCCAUGUCUCGUCAGAGCUCCCUCCUCACUUUCUUCCCCAAGGCUUCCGCCGCGCAAAACAACCCGCCGCCGGCCGAGAACGAUGAUGGGGAUGGCGGCGGGAACUCGCCCAACCCAGGCUCCGCCGGGGCGAAAUCUCAAAGCGGUUCUCGGGGCCAACGGAGGGCAAUGGCGGUGGCAGCCGCAGCGGCAUCGUUGGUCCCCGCUGCCGAGAGUGUCCUCUCUGAACUUUCACCUGGUGAUUUGGUAUGGGCCAAACUUGAAGGUUACCCUUGGUGGCCAUGCCUUGUGUACAACCAUCCAACUGAAGGGACAUUUGUCAGAGGAAGAGGAAGAUCUGCUCGCAUCCAUGUACAGUUUUUUGAUGAUGAUCCGUCGAGAGGUUGGGUUGGUGUUAAAUACAUAAAACCAUAUACAGGUUCUACAGGCCGGGAAACACAGAGGGGAGGUAUGUUUUACAGCUCAAAGCCUGAAAUUAAAAAAGCAAUGGAACUGGCAGAUGCUGCUUUGGGAAAAGAUAAAUCUGACCGACUUAGUUUGGCUGUGUGUGACAAACCUUCAGAAAGUGAGGAGGAAGAUGAAGAUGAAGAGAUGGAGCAGAUAAGUGAUGAGGGUGAAGAUUUUGACAAAGCAGAAGCAGGGAAAAGAAAUAAAAGGACAGCUGGACGACAGCAACCUGCUGGAAGACCCAAAAGGAGAAGAGUGGUCAUGGAUUCAGAUACUGACAAUGAAGGUUCAGACAUGGAGUUUAAGCCAGAAGAAGUCAGCAGUGAUGAAGUCAGCAAUGGAGGAGGGGACAGUGAAGCUUCUGAAUUUGAGGCUAAUCCAAAAAAGGAAGCAGAAAAUCCCGUAAAAUCCCGUAAUAAACAAACUCAGGAAAAGAUAAGCAAACCACCUCAGAAGGAAAUCGUUAAAAAUGACCCUCCUGUUACUCCCAGAAGAGAAAUUAAUCUUUCUGCUGAGAUCAAGUAUAAGCUAACCUCUUUCACAGCUUCUGAAUGCUUUGAUUAUCAGCCAAGCCUUAAUGGAGGAGGAGGAGGAGAUGAUGCCAACCCAACUGUGUGGGAACAUGAUAAAAUUGAUUGGCUGCAGGAUGAUAAAAGAAAAGAUGGCUGUAGGAGAAGGAAAAAUGAUGUGGAUUAUGAUCCAGGCACACUGUUUGUGCCAGCAGAUUAUCUGGCCAACUGCACUCCAGGGAUGCGGAAGUGGUGGGAGAUGAAGAGUCAGAAUUUUGACUGUGUGAUAUUCUACAAAGUUGGAAAGUUUUAUGAGCUGUAUCACAUGGAUGCCGUUGUUGGAGUUAAAGAGCUGGGACUGGUGUUCAUGAAAGGCACUUGGGCCCAUUCAGGCUUCCCAGAAAUAGCUUUUGACAGAUUCUCCAGUGUCUUAGUCCAGAAAGGUUAUAAAGUUGUCCGUGUUGAGCAGAUGGAGACGCCUGAAAUGAUGGAAGCGCGUUGUAAAUCUUUGGCUCAUCCAACAAAAUUUGACAGGGUUGUGCGGAGAGAAAUAUGCAGGAUCAUUACCAAAGGGACACAAACCUACAGUAUUCUGGAUGGUGACCUUACAGAAGACCAAAACAGAUACCUCCUGUGUGUAAAAGAAAAAGUUGCUGAUUCUACAGGCCUCCAUCGUAUUUAUGGAGUAUGCUUUGUUGACACAACAGUGGGCAAAUUCUUUGUGGGGCAGUUCUUAGAUGAUCGCCAUUGCUCAAGGUUUAGAACUCUCUUGGCUCAUUAUACUCCAGUGCAGAUACUUUUUGAGAGAGGGAAUCCCUCUGCAGAAACACAAAAGAUACUCAAAGGCUUUCUGUCUUCUACUGUGCAAGAGGCCUUGGCUUCUGGUUCUCAGUUCUGGAAUGCAGCCAAAACAUUAAAAACUUUAAUUGAGGGAGACUACUUUGAAGGCCAGGAAAAUGUUAGUGGUAGGCUUGUUCUUCCUCCAGUAAUCAGAGCCAUGACUGCAGAAAGUGACUCGCUUGGACUUACACCGGGGGAAAACAGUGAGUUAGCAUUGUGUGCUCUUGGUAGCUGUGUCUACUACCUUAAAAAAUGUAUUAUUGACCAGGAGCUAUUAUCAAUGGCAGAUUUUGAAGAAUAUGUUCCUGUGGAUGUUCAUCUUACAAAAACAAAUGCAUCAAGUAGUAUCUUUGCUAAAACUAGUCAGAGGAUGGUACUGGAUGGGGUGACCCUAGCAAACCUGGAAAUACUGCACAAUGGAACAACUGGUUCAGUAGAAGGUUCAUUGCUGGAAAAGCUUGAUAUGUGCUGUACCCCAUUUGGAAAGAGACUCUUGAAACAAUGGCUCUGUGCACCCUUAUGUAAUCCUGCUGCUAUCAAUGACCGCCUGGACGCAGUUGAAGACCUCUUAGCUGAGGCUGCCAAAAUGUCUGAAAUACGUGAUCUUCUGAAACAGUUGCCAGACCUUGAAAAACACUUGGGCAAGAUUCACAGUAUUGGGUCAUCAUUUAAGAACCAGAAUCAUCCAAAUAACAGGGCAAUUAUGUAUGAAGAGAUGAGGUAUAGUAAAAAGAAGAUUGUAGACUUUUUGUCCACCUUAGAAGGGUUUAAAAUAAUCCUUGAGAUUAUCUCAAUUUUAGAAGAUAUUGUUGAUGGUUUUAAAUCCAAAACUCUUAAACAAAUAGCAAUGGUUAAAUCUAAAAAUCCAGCAGGCUGUUUCCCAGAUUUGAAAACAGAGCUUGAAAGGUGGGACACGUCUUUUGAUCAUAAUGCCGCUCGCAGGACUGGUGUGAUUAAUCCUCAAACUGGGUUUGAUUCUGAUUAUGACAAAGCACUACAGGACAUAAAUGAUGUUGAGGAGCGCCUUCGUCAGUAUAUGGAAAAGCAACGUAAACGGCUUGGGUGCAAAGCUAUGAUGUAUUGGGGAGCAGGCAAAAACCGCUACCAAAUGGAGAUUGCAGAAAGUGCAUUGCCUCAUAACUUACCUGACGAAUAUGUGUUGAAGUCUAGCAGAAAAGGCUACAAACGUUACUGGACCAAAGAUAUAGAGAAGAUGCUGAUGGAGAUAGUCAAUGCUGAAGAACGGAGGGAUGCAGCUCAAAAGGAUUGUAUGAAAAGGUUAUUUUAUAACUUUGAUAAAAACAGCAAAGACUGGCGAACAGCAGUGGAAUGCAUUGCAGUUCUAGAUGUCCUACAGUGUCUGGCACAGUACAGUCAGGGAUGUGAUGGACCAUUGUGCCGACCAGUAAUUCUGCUUCCAGAAAAGAAUACGCCACCCUUUCUGGAGCUCAGAUCUUCACGCCACCCAUGCAUUACAAAAACUUUCUUUGGAGAUGACUUCAUCCCUAAUGAUAUACUGAUCGGUGUGAAGGGUAAAGAGCCAGGUUCCUGGACUGACAGUCACUGUGUUCUGGUGACUGGCCCAAACAUGGGAGGCAAGUCGACUCUCAUGAGACAGGCUGGCCUCCUGGUAAUAAUGGCUCAGGUGGGAUUCUUCGUACCUGCUGAAUCUUGCAGGAUUACUCCUGUUGAUCGAGUGUUUACGAGACUUGGUGCUUCAGACAGAAUUCUGUCAGGGGAGAGUACGUUUUUUGUUGAGCUGAGUGAGACUUCCAGUAUUCUGCAGCAUGCAACAGAGCAUUCCUUUGUUCUAAUGGAUGAACUAGGUAGAGGUACAGCGACUUUUGAUGGAACAGCUAUUGCUAGUGCAGUUGUCAAAGAGCUUUCAGAGAGUAUCAAAUGCCGUACAAUGUUUUCAACUCACUACCAUUCAUUAGUAGAGGAUUACUUCCAUAGUCCUUCUGUGCAGCUGGGUCACAUGGCAUGCAUGGUAGAAAACGAAACUGAUGAUCCUAGUCAGGAAACAAUCACAUUCCUCUACAAAUUCAUUAAGGGGGCUUGUCCUAAGAGCUAUGGUUUUAAUGCAGCAAGGCUUGCUGACAUUCCUGAAGAAAUUAUUCGGAAGGGUCACAAAAAGGCAAAAGAUUUUGAAAAAUCAACUCUCUCAUUAAGAUUGUUUAGGAACCUUUGCCUGAUUGCUGAAGGAGCACCAACUGUUGUAGAUGAUCUUCAUAAACAACUCACUAUGCUUUGUAAGUGAGAGACUCUUGACAGUUUAUAGGCAGUAUGCAGACAACAUGAUCUAAUAAACUUUAUUUUUUAAAAAUGA